AUAGACUCGUUGAAAUCACGUGACAGUGUGACGACAUAGGCGGAAGUACGGCGACUUUGAAGAAGGAAAAUGUCGAUUAGUCAAAGCAGGCAAACGUUUAUCAAGCCGGCGCUUCCGUUCUCGUGGACCAUCCGAGGUGGACUCCUUCCCGGCGAGAUGAUCCUCAUCCAGGGAGCGGUACCUUCUGAUGCAGACAGGUUCCAGGUGGACCUGACGUGCGGCAGCAGUGUGCGGCCGCGCGCCGACGUGAUCUUCCACUUGAACCCGCGCAUGAAGAAAGGUCAGGUGGUGUGUAACACGCUGCAGGCGGGUCGCUGGGGUCGCGAGGAGAUCCUUCAGCGCAUGCCCUUCACCAGGGGCGCCCCUUUCGAGCUGCUGCUGCUCGCCCUCAGCGACUGCUUCAAGGUGGCGGUCAACGGCGCUCACGUGUUGGACUACAAACAUCGACUGGCGCUGGAGCGAGUCGACACGCUGGCCGUGUCGGGAAAGGUCCAAGUUGACGUCGUGGCUGUUCUGCAGCAAUCUACGCCUUCACCGUUGCCCGGCGCAGCGAUGGCAGCCGACGGGGAUGCCGAGCGGCCACGUUCGGCUGAUGACAACGCAAGCUCGCGCAUGCUCAUCAUGUCAGCUGACCCGCGCGGCGGCUUCCGAGGCGAGCUCUCUGGCGGACUCCGUGUGGGUAGCAGCAUCGUCAUCCGGGGACAAGUCAAUCAAGGGGCAGAGAGGUUUACCGUCAACCUGCGCGUGGGCGACGGCGACGACACGGCACUUCACAUCAACCCUCGUUUCAAACAAAAAAUGAUUGUGCUGAACUCCUUCCUGAGCGGUUCCUGGGGGGCCGAGGAGCGGCGAGUGGACACCUUCCCCUUUGCACCGGGAUCCUACUUUGAGAUGAUCAUCCGGUGUGACCCGGACUCGUUCCGCGUGGCCGUCAACGGCGUCCACCAGCUGGAUUACAAAUACCGAGUUCAACACCUGCUCACCAUCACACAGCUGCAGGUGACAGGCGACCUGUCGCUGAUGGACGCCAGGCUGAUGUGAUGUCAUCAUUGCAAGGUGGAAAAA